GACUAGUCAACGUCUCCAUCUUCACAUCUUCCCAUCUUCCAUACUUCUCUUUCCAUUUUAAGCUCUCUCAAGAUCCAGAUUUCCCUUAAAAGGCUUCAUUUCUUCAGUUCCUUUUAUGGGUCUUUGAUCUUUGGUUAAACCCACCUUUUUGAUCUUGAUCUUGAUCUCAUUUCUUACAAAUUCCCAUCUGGGUUUUGUGGAUUUUUGUUAGUUUCAAUGGCACCAAGUUCUGUGGUAGUGACGAUCGAUAAAUCCAGCAAUAUCUCGUUAAUGGAAGUUGAUGAUGGUUCAGAGAAGUCUUUAUUUCUUGAAAAGCAAAAAACAUCAAGCACCAAGCAGUUUUCAUGGCGGCUUUUGCUUAAAGCUCAAAGGUUUCUUAUGUUCUUCCCAUGGUUGCUAAUGGGGUUUUCGAAGACUUUUGUUUCUGUUAAGAAACGCAUUGCGGUAUCAGAUUCAGGGAGAGAUGAAGUCAAAUAUAGAGAGAGGAUUAUGUACAGAUUCAUACGAGCAUUUCUUGCUAUUUCGAUUGUUGGUUUGGUUGUUGAAAUCAUUGUUUAUUUUCAGAAUUGGGAUUUGAAGUUCAUCCCAAAAGAAGCUAUGGGGUUUCUUCAUUUAGCAUUCAUGGGUUGGCUUUCAUUCAGAGCUGAUUAUCUUGCUCCAUUCAUCACCAAGUUGUCAGAAUUUUGUGUUUUGCUGUUCAUGAUUCAGUCAAUUGAUCGAUUCAUUCUUGGAAUUGGGUGUUUCUGGAUCAAAUUGAAGAAAAUUAAGCCAGAAAUUGAUGAUCAAACUUAUGAUAUUGAAGAUCCUUCAUCUUUUCCCAUGGUUCUUGUUCAGAUCCCCAUGUGCAAUGAAAGAGAGGUGUAUCAACAAUCAAUUGGAUCUGCUUGCCAAUUGGAUUGGCCAAAAGAUAGGAUUUUGAUUCAAGUUUUGGAUGAUUCAAGUGAUGAAUUGCUUCAGAUGUUGAUCAGAAAUGAAGUGAAUUCAUGGAAAGAGAGAGGGGUGAAUAUAAUCUACAGACACAGAUUUCUAAGAACAGGAUAUAAAGCUGGAAAUCUUCAUUCAGCCAUGUGUUGUGAUUAUGUGAAUAAUUAUGAAUUUGUUGCCAUCUUGGAUGCAGACUUCCAACCUAAUCCUGAUUUCCUUAUUCAGACAGUUCCUCACUUUAAGGGAAAACCGGACUUGGGUCUUGUUCAAGCGAGGUGGUCAUUCGUGAACAAAGAUGAAAAUUUACUCACAAGGCUACAAAAUAUCAAUUUGUGCUUCCAUUUUGAAGUCGAGCAACAAGUGAAUGGCCAUUUUCUCAACUUCUUUGGGUUCAAUGGUACGGCGGGAGUUUGGAGGAUCAAAGCUCUAGAAGAUUCCGGUGGUUGGCUUGAAAGAACGACAGUCGAAGAUAUGGAUAUUGCCAUUAGAGCACAUUUGAACGGAUGGAAGUUCAUUUACCUUAACGAUGUCAAAGUUCUUUGUGAAUUGCCGGAGUCUUAUGAAGCUUAUAAGAAACAACAACAUCGAUGGCAUUCGGGUCCUAUGCAACUCUUCCGACUUUGCCUUCCUGCUAUCCUUUCUUCCAAGAUAUCGAAGUGGAAAAAGGCGAACUUGAUCUUCCUGUUCUUUCUUUUGCGGAAACUGAUUCUACCAUUUUACUCGUUCACUCUAUUCUGUGUGAUUCUUCCGCUAACAAUGUUCAUACCCGAAGCCGAACUUCCGAUUUGGGUUAUCUGUUACGUCCCCGUUACCAUGUCGAUCUUAAACAUCCUCCCAUCACCAAAAUCAUUUCCGUUCUUGAUGCCAUACCUGCUCUUCGAAAACACAAUGUCCGUGACCAAAUUCAACGCGAUGGUCUCCGGCCUCUUCCAGCUCGGAAGCGCCUACGAGUGGGUCGUCACCAAGAAAACCGGCCGGUCGUCGGAAUCCGAUCUCUUGGCAUUUGCAGAGCGGGAAUCCAAGAGUUUCAACGAAGAGAAAAUCCAGAGACGGUUAUCGGAAUCCGGGCUCGAAAUGCUCGGAAAAUUGAAGGAACAAGAGACUCCGGUCGUCGAAAUCGAAAAGAAGAAGAACCGGAUUUAUAGAAAAGAACUUGCACUUGCUUUUCUACUGCUUACUGCUGCCACAAGAAGUCUUCUAUCAGCUCAUGGAAUCCAUUUCUAUUUCUUGUUGUUCCAAGGUUUGUCGUUUUUAGCGGUCGGGCUCGAUUUGAUCGGCGAGCAAGUGAAUUGAGAACCGUUUUUUCGAUCUGGAAAGUUGUUAGAAAAAUGAAAGAAUACAGAAAAUGGUCGGGUCAUGGGGUUUUUCUACGACCGCAGGGUUCGGGGACACGAAUCGAGUAAAUACUUAUUCAAUAAGGUAAUCGUCCCACUGGAUAUAGAGCGAUACUAGAAACGAUAUUGGAGUUAAUUUUUUGUUACGUUUUUUGUAUAAUUAAUCACAAGUGUUGUUAAUUCUUCGAUCGUUGUUUAGUUAAUAGGACCCGAUACUUGCCGAAAGGCGUUGCUAUAUAAAAAGAUUCGUUUCGUGCUGCAUUUGAUCGGCACCUAA